UACAGUACACACAUUGGACUCAGGAGGAGGUUUGUUUACUACAGCAGCAGCAGAAAAGAUGAAAUUGAUUCAUGACUCCACCUCUUGUCUCCUCCACCUGCUGCUAUUGGCUGAGCUGUUUGUCCAUUCGUCAUCUCGUCCCACCCACAGUUUUCCACUCUGUGGCAUGUUCAGGUCAAUGAUCCAUCAGGUGGACAAGCUGACGAGCUUACCAAAAAAACUCCACGACUUGACAGAUGAUAAUGAUGAUGUCUUUGAGGGUGUGGAAAACAGACUGGACAGUCUUCCUAAAAUGCAGCACACUGCGGCCCAUUUCAACUCACUGAAGGUGAAUGAGUCACUCUCCCAGCUGUUCGAGUUCAGUCAGUCCUUCAGGCUGCAUGUUGAAUGGUUGAAAACAGCCAAAGAAAACUUCAGUUUGUCCUCCCAGUCAGCAGAGGAUGCCAGCUCUCACCUCCUGCAGCUGUCCAACCUUGUUAAUGCAUCUCUGUCACAGAUGGAAGAAAAGGUUCCUCAGUCUCCAUCUCCCUCCCUCCCUGUCGCCUCCACGGCCUUCGAUGUGCUCCAGUUCUCUGUAGAGAUCUCCAAACGCUUACAAGUGUUUUGUGACUGGUCAAAGAGAAUUUUGUUGCUUCUCCAGAGACUGUCUCACUGCCAUAAACAUUAAGCCUCCAUCUUCAGCACCCAAGCCACUGCAAACGACUUCCCACAAAACCACUGUAAAUGUUAUGGUUUCUACCCAGAGAGG